AUGGAGCCCCGGGCGGCCGCGGCGGGCUCGCCCGAGUCGGCGGUGGCGGCGGCGUCCUCCUCGUUCCAGGCCCGGUUCUGGAAGAACCUGCAGCUGGGGGUGGGCAAGAGCAAGGGUGGCGGGGGCGCGCGUGCGGGGGGCCCCGAGCGCCGCACUGCGGACACCCCGUCGCCCUCCCCGCCGCCCCCGGGGGGCCGGCGGGAUGCCCCGGCCGGCUUGGGUGGCGCGGGCAGCCGGUGGAGCGGCUUCAAGAAACGAAAGCAAGUGCUGGACCGCGUCUUCUCCUCCUCGCAGCCCAACCUGUGCUGCUCGUCGCCGGAGCCUCUGGAGCCCGGCAGCGCCGGCCGGGCCGAGCCGGGGUCCACACUGCGCCGCCGGAUCCGCGGGCAUCUGCUUCCCGCGGGGAAGGGGCCGGGGGCCGCCGCCGCCGCCACCGCCGCCGGAGCGACGCCCCCCGGCGGGCGCUCCCCGGACUCGGCUCCCUCUUCGUCCUCCGCCUCAUCCUCGCUGUCCUCCUCGCCCCAGCCGCCCCCGAGGGGGGACCGCGCCCGGGAUGAGGGCGCGCGGCGUCGGGGCACCGCGGCGCACCUGUGCCAUCAGAAGAGUUCCUCGCUGCCGGGCACCGCCUGCUUGGAGCAGCUGCUGGAGCCGCCGCCGCCGCCGCCUCGCGCUGAGCCAGCCCCGAGCCCAGCGGAGCCGCGGACCUCGGAUAAGGGCCCGGAGCGCGGCAGCAGCGGGAAAAUAAAUACUGCUGGAACCAGUAAUGCAGAUAUCCCUUUGGCUGAGCCCGGAAUGUACCAAUUGGACAUCACAUUAAGAAGGGGUCAAAGUUUAGCUGCCCGUGAUCGAGGAGGGACAAGUGAUCCAUACGUGAAGUUUAAAAUUGGAAGGAAAGAAGUUUUUAGAAGUAAAAUAAUACACAAGAACCUCAAUCCUGUGUGGGAGGAGAAAGCUUGCCUUCUUGUUGAUCAUCUUAGGGAGCCAUUAUAUAUAAAGGUGUUUGACUAUGACUUUGGACUGCAGGAUGACUUUAUGGGCUCAGCCUUUCUGGAUCUCACACAAUUGGAGUUAAACAGGCCCACGGAUGUGACCUUAACACUGAAAGAUCCCCAUUAUCCUGACCAUGAUCUUGGAAUCAUUUUGCUCUCAGUCGUCCUUACCCCUAAAGAAGGAGAACAUGUGACAAUGCUAAUGAGGAAGAGUUGGAAAAGAUCAAGUAAGGAACUCUCAGAAAAAGAAGUGCUUGGAUCUUAUUUCUCUGUGAAGUCUUUCUUUUGGAGGACAUGCGGCAGGCCUGCUCUUCCUGUCCUGGGCUUCUGCAGAUCAGAGCUUCAGAGUGCUCAUUACCAAAAUGCACAAUUUCAGACUCAAAGUUUACGCCUGUCAGACGUACACAGAAAGUCACACCUUUGGAGAGGAAUCGUCAGCAUCACAUUGAUUGAAGGGCGAGACCUUAAGGCGAUGGAUUCAAACGGGUUGAGUGACCCCUAUGUGAAGUUCCGACUUGGGCAUCAAAAGUACAAGAGCAAGAUUAUGCCAAAAACAUUGAAUCCUCAGUGGAGGGAACAAUUUGAUUUUCAUCUCUAUGAAGAAAGAGGCGGCAUCAUUGAUAUCACUGCCUGGGACAAAGACGCUGGGAAAAGGGACGACUUUAUUGGCAGGUGCCAGAUUGACCUGUCGGCUCUCAGCAGGGAGCAGACACACAAGCUGGAGCUGCAGCUGGAAGAAGGGGAGGGGCACUUGGUACUGCUGGUCACCCUGACAGCUUCGGCCACAGUCAGCAUCUCUGACCUCUCCGUCAACUCCCGGGAGGACCAGAAAGAACGCGAGGAAAUAUUGAAGCGAUAUAGCCCGUUGCGGAUAUUUCACAACCUGAAAGAUGUGGGCUUCCUCCAAGUGAAAGUGAUCAGAGCGGAAGGGUUAAUGGCUGCUGAUGUCACAGGUAAAAGUGACCCAUUUUGUGUGGUUGAGCUGAACAAUGAUAGGCUGCUAACACAUACUGUCUACAAAAAUCUCAACCCUGAGUGGAACAAAGUCUUCACAUUCAACAUUAAAGAUAUCCAUUCAGUUCUUGAAGUGACCGUGUAUGAUGAAGAUCGGGACCGAAGUGCUGACUUUCUGGGCAAAGUUGCUAUACCCUUGCUGUCCAUUCAAAAUGGUGAACAGAAAGCCUACGUCUUGAAAAACAAGCAGCUGACAGGGCCAACAAAGGGGGUCAUCUAUCUUGAAAUAGAUGUGAUUUUUAAUGCUGUGAAAGCCAGCUUACGAACAUUAAUACCCAAAGAACAGAAGUACAUUGAAGAGGAAAACAGACUCUCUAAACAGCUGCUGCUAAGGAACUUUAUCAGAACGAAGCGUUGUGUCAUGGUGCUCGUAAAUGCUGCAUACUACGUUAAUAGUUGCUUUGACUGGGAUUCACCCCCAAGGAGCCUCGCUGCUUUUGUGCUCUUUCUCUUUGUUGUCUGGAACUUUGAGCUCUACAUGAUACCACUGGUUUUGUUGUUACUACUGACUUGGAACUACUUCUUGAUAAUAUCAGGGAAAGAUAACAGGCAACGGGAUACAGUAGUGGAGGACAUGCUAGAGGACGAGGAAGAAGAAGAUGACAAAGAUGACAAGGACAGUGAAAAAAAGGGAUUUAUAAAUAAAAUUUAUGCCAUCCAGGAGGUAUGUAUCAGUGUCCAGAACAUCCUAGAUGAAGUGGCUUCCUUUGGCGAAAGGAUAAAAAAUACUUUCAACUGGACCGUCCCGUUCUUGAGCUGGCUGGCCAUCGUGGCCCUCUGUGCGUUCACAGCCAUCCUGUACUUCAUUCCGCUGAGAUACAUUGUCCUUGUCUGGGGAAUCAAUAAAUUUACAAAAAAGCUUCGGAAUCCGUAUGCAAUUGAUAACAAUGAACUACUCGAUUUCCUUUCCAGAGUCCCUUCAGAUGUGCAAGUGGUGCAAUACCAAGAACUGAAACCAGAUCCUUCUCAUAGCCCAUGUAAAAGGAAGAAAAACAAUCUUGGCUAGCCAGCUCCCAGCACUGGGGAGGCCAGCAUCUGUUUGGGAGGAUAAAAGAAAAAGCCUUCAGCCUCAGCAGCACUUCCUUUCUUUCUGUUUUUUAUUUAUUUUGCCUUUUUAUCAUGAUUGAGAGAAUUUGUAAAUAGUGUAGAAAGGCGUAUGUCUUUGAAAAUAUACUUCCAUUGUACAGAAACAGUUUGAUAAAGGUUUAGCUAUUGCUGCCUAAAAGGCUUGCUAGCUGUGGAUAAUAAUAUAACACUGGAACAACAAAUGUAAGAAUGGUUAACAUUGGGAGAUACAUACUUCUCUAAUUACAAGUGGAAAAACUAGAAUAUUAGAUUAAAUGCUCAGCUGUGCUCUGAUUAAAUCUACAUAAAAUGUAAAUGUCAAUUUGAAUUUAAAGUUUCUUUUUUAUGUGACUAUUUUUUAUCUGAAAAAUAAUCCAUUACAGUUUUCUAUGUUUUAUACAUUCCAAAAGGGAGGGGGGAAUCCCAGAACUUGAAUAAUGGAACAGAUGCGUUUCAACUUACAUAGUUUCAGAUCCUGAUAUUCAUUCCUGUGCACAUUAUUUAGCUAUGACUAGGCUGGUUUUAAGCUAAUGAAUGAAAGCAUAGUCACCUCAACAAGAGAAUUUUCCAUACCUUGAAAUCCUACAAAGAAAAUUUUCAAAUCUUCUAUCAUUCCAUCUAAAACUUUAAAAUCUCUACAGGACGAUACAAAAAAUACUGCCAUGUUUAUAAAUGAAUUUUUAUACCAACCACUAUUAAUUUGUACCAAGUCAGCAAAUUAGCAACCCAGUUCAGUUGUCAAAAAUUUGGCAAAUUAAAUUCACAUUGGUUUGAUGUCAGAUUAUGCCUCUGUGCAUUUAAAAAAUAUGCAAGUAUUUCACAGAAAAAAAAUAUAUCUACUUUCUCAUUAGGUUACUGAAAUGUUUUAAUGCAUUUAUGAUUUUUGUUAUUAGUGUCAAUUUUAAUGUAGAGGAGAAUGCAGUGUACUAAGUGAUAUGCCAGUGUCUCAUUACAUUCAUUUUUAGAAAAAAAUAAUCAUUCUUGAAAAUUAGAAUGCAUGGAAACCUAUUUUGUAAAAUAAACUGCUUAUGGGGAGGGGAAAGUUUGCCUUUAAAAAUGUUUCACUAUUACCACAGAAUCUAUACUUAAAAACUGCAUUCCCAAGACUCUCAUGUAGUUUUUAUACCUAGAUUCCUGCUCUAUCAAGGGAGUAUACCUCUAUAGAGAAAACUUGGUGAGGAUGUCUUACUUCCCUGACUUGGUAGGGGACUAAGUUUGGUUGAUACUGCUGCAGACAAGUGUUUUGUACUAUUUAUUAACAAUGUACUGGGAUAGGGUAAAGGUGAGGGUUAUGCUGGAAAAAUGUAGAAAAGCUAGAGCAAGAAAUAUAUAUUUCACUCUAAAAGAAAAUACUUUAAAAAUAAAUUUAAUCUCAAAGUUGAUUUUUAAAGCAUUUUUAUUUUAAAGCUAUGUCGUUAAAUACUAUUUCUUAUGAUAGAACUAUUUUGAUCUGUUUCUUACACUAUGCUUAAAAGAAUGUUAAUUAAAUUCCCUUUCUACAGAAAGGCCUUGACCUCAGUAUGUUCUAUUUAGUGCAUCAUGUUUAUGACAACAUGCUUACGUCCACAUACCAUCAUUAUCUGUUGCUAAGACAUUGUUCUCCAUGAAGCUGAUGUUAUUACAGAAAGUUUACUGAUAGUAUAAUGUUUGAAGUAACUUUUGAUUAUACUUUGUGUGAGAUUUAUGUUCUGUGCUGACACUGUCUACUCAAAUGUCUACAACCCUGAUAUUCUACCACCUCAGAUGUGGAUAGUAACCAUUAACAGAUGAUUGAUUUGAUUUCUCUUUGUUUCAUUCUAUCAAAUUUCAGAUGUUUGGUUCACUGGUAAUGUUGACUAUUCACUGCAUUAAAUAAAAAUAACCUUUUCUAAGAAUAAUCAGUACUUCUUUUUGGUGUUGAAGGAGGAAUGAUGGAAGAUUAUGUGCAUGUUCUCAUAUAAAUGAUACUUAAACUCAGGUUUCGUUUGGGGAAGGGGAAAAAAAAAAAAGGCUUUCCCUGAAACCUUGACUGUUGUUAAAUAAAACCCAAUACUUCUGGAGGAGUAAGUAUCCAGUGAUGCUGCUAGAGGAAUUAAGAACUAUCUUGAGGCAUCAAAGUGAUAGUCAGAGGAAUAGUCACUGCUUUUAGGAACUACCAUACUCACAGGCUGGAAACAAGAGGCUGUGACUAAUAGAAUUUUAACCACUUCC